GCAGUUCGCCUUUGAGCUCCUACCAAUUUUUUUCCGAUGUGGAGCUCCGAUGAAAGAUAUUCACGACCUUUGCCAUCAUCGUGAAGAUCUCGCAGGUACGCUUGGCAAUCUCGGGAUAAUUCAUAAACACAUCUUAAUUAAUAGCCGCUUAGGUGAGCGCUUGAGCAUGGCUUGGUUGUUAACUCGGACUUCUCCGUAUUUGUGGGGUUGUCUGGGCAUUGGUUUGGCUGUGUCCUUAUCAGUUGUGGGUGCGGCUCUUGGUAUAUACACUACAGGAACUAGCAUUGUUGGUGGUGGUGUGCGAGCACCGCGCAUCAAGACAAAGAACCUGAUUUCUAUUAUUUUUUGCGAGGCUGUAGCCAUAUAUGGUCUUAUCACUGCCAUAGUUCUGGCGGGUUUGCUGGAACCUUUUACUAUGGAAACAGUUUCAAAGAAUCAAGCCGUUAUGGAUAUGAACUGGACUAGUGGUUAUGUAUUAUUUGGUGCUGGCCUGUCGGUAGGUUUCGUUAAUUUGUUUUGCGGUGUUUGUGUUGGAGUUGUGGGUUCUGGAGCGGCCUUGGCUGAUGCGGCAAAUGCGGUUUUGUUUGUAAAAGUCUUAAUCAUAGAAAUUUUUGGUUCUGCAAUUGGGCUUUUCGGCCUGAUCGUAGGCAUCUACAUGACGUCCAAAGUUAAAAUGGGUGAUAAAAUGUCCACCUAAUGUACGUGU